AUGGAGAUAAGCGAGUUAAGCUUCGUGUCAUAUUGGAAUUCCACAACCACAGCCGGCAGUAAAUUAGGUGACAUGGCCGCUGCAGUUGCUACGCAGAACUUUGAUUUAACCUAUGCGACGUUACUGUUUUUCAAUUCAACUUUAUGCUUCGGUGUUGAAGUGUUUUUGAAUAUAUUUAAUUACAGUGUAGUCAUUAACAGAGGUACAUUGGAACAAAGUUUACUGAACAAUAAUACACAGCAGUUUGUACUAUUUGCAACUGACGCUGCUGAUGUGGAAGUUAUACUCGAUACCAUGAUAGAUUUUGAAAUUGAUAAUACUGGAAAAUUCAUUAUCGUUUGCGAGUCACCAGUACAAAAUGAAUGUGACGAACAGGACAUUAUGGACCUGUGUUGGAAUUACAGAAUCGUGAAUAUUGUUUUUAUCAGACUUGAAGGAACUGAAGCUAUCGGUUUCACAUACUACCCGGUAGCAGACGGCAUAUGUCACAAUUUAAAACCAGUGAAACUAGACUACCGCAAUCAAUAUACACAUACAAGUUAUGGGGAAGUGUUCAGUAACAAGUUUCGAAAUCUACAUUUUUGUCCGCUGACAGUCUCAACCUUUAUACAACCACCUUAUAUUAUGAAUAUAACGAACGGAAUUCCAACAGGCUCUGAUGGGGAUUUACUUCGGUUGUUAAUUCACGGUUUGAAUGCAACUCUAAAAAUGAUGACACCAAGUCGUGGUACUGGGUGGGGAUGGCGUGAAAAGAAUGGUACCUGGAUGGGGUCUCUUGCAGACGUAAAGGACGAAUUGGCAAACUUUUCAAUGACCUCAGCAGCCCUUACAUUGUCGAGGUUCUCUGACUUUCAAAUAUCGUCUAGUUACUUGGUGACAAAAGUGGUGUGGGUCACACAUCCCGCACAAAUACAAAAUGUGGCAUUAAAAUUGUUGCAUCCUUUUGAAGAAGACGCUCGAAUAGCUUUACUGGUGAGUUUCUUCCUUGUCGUUCUCUGUGCUUUUAUUAUCAAAUCCUACUUCUGGUCGUCAACUUGUGGCGUGAAUGAAGAAGCUGAAUUGAGCAAGAGUAUGGUGUUUUAUGCAUGGAUGCUAUGUAUGGGUCAAUCAAUCAUAAAAAUUCCCACAAAAAUGUCGUUUUUACAAAUGGUAUUUAUUUGGAUAUGGUACUGUUUUCUCAUUAGGACGGUGUAUCAAGUAUACCUUAUUAGUUCGUUGAAAGGAAAGUUUUACGAAGAACAAUUUCAAACAAUAGAAGAUGCGAUUCAUGCAACAUAUCCCUUUGGUGGCGGUCCAGCACUAAAGGACUAUUACAUUGACAAUCCAGUGGUUCAUGAUAAGUGGGUAGAUGUCGACACUCCUCAAAUAAUGCCGACUGCUAUGAAACUGGUAGAAGGUAUGAAUUUUGUUCUAGCGAUGAACAUUGAUGCAGCUUACAUAGCAAUUAAAAAGAGUAAGGUCAGUUUACACAUUCUGCCUGAAAGAAUUAUUUCUAGUCCAACAGUUAUGUUUUUCAAAAAAUAUUCUCCUUUAUUGGAACCGAUCGAUUUGGUCAUGGGUCGCCUGACUGCUGCUGGAUUUCCUAUUAAGUUGAAACAAGUAUAUACCAGUAUAUUACAAUUGAAAAAUGGAGAUGCUAGUACUGAAGAGGAGACCCUGAAGAUUCGACACUUUACAGCUUGUUACGCUGUUUUAAUAUUGGGCUGGAUUCUAUCAGCCUUAUUCUUUUCUUUAGAAGUUUAUUUUGGUAGAGUGUACCGACAUCCUUCGCACUCAUUAUUACAAAUUAUAUAA